AGUUUUGCUGGGCUGGGCUGGGCUCACUUGAGCAGUUCUGCUGGUUCUGCUGGUGGUCACUCUGACCGCUGUCAUCCAGCCUGCAGUUCAGUUCGGCACCAGUCUUGUCUCAGGGUCACUUCUUUCCAUAUGGCCUUUCCAGGGGGACUGGUGGCCUUACGUGGUGGCUUCUGGCUCACAAGAGUGCAAAAGCGGAAGCAACCAGGCCUUCUUAAGGCCUUGACUUGGAACCAGCCUAGCCUCAUUUCUGCCACAUUCUGCUGGUUAGAACCACUCACAGAUCCAGCCAGUCCCGAGUCAGGGGAAAGGGACCAGAGCAGACAGCUGUAUUAUACCACAGAGGGCUUCUGGAAAACUGAACGCUGAGACUUAAGCUGCCUGGUACUUUGAGUGCUUUGAAUCUGGGCCUGUCGGAGGAAGAGCUGAGUCUGGAGUGCAGAUGAUAGCAUGUUUGGCUUAUUACACAGGUGGGAAUGGCUGGCACUCCCUGGGUAGAAAAAAAGAGCAAGUGUUGGUCCUCUGGGCUUCACCCCGGCGUGGCACUGGAGUGGGGCAGGAUUGACCCGCUCUGCUUGAGGGCAAGAAAGUGCAGGACGCAGAGCUCAGGCUGCUCUGAGCUGGUGAUUUACCCAGUCUCCCGACUGGGUCAGACAGACGUCCUGGUCAGCACCCUCAGCAAAGAGUAGACCCUCGUGAUUAGAUGUGAUCAGAUGUGAGACCUGGGAUAGCGGAGCUCCUCGGCCUUGAGCAGCCUUGUGCCUCACACAGUAUUUCUGUUUGCAGUGUCUGGAAAAAGUUGGAGAUAAGCCAGCCUUCCUUGAGGAGGAGUCAUUAUAGCAGAGAGAAUAUUCUUUUCUUGUGGACGUCUCCUCUCCUUAGAGAGAUGUAAGGAAUAAGGUUGAAGUAGCAGCAGAUACACAGAUAAAUGAGAGAAAUUUUGAGGUUUGUCUCCUCACUAGACUAUGAGCUCCUUGAAAGAAGGAAUCGUGUCUUACUCAGCUUUAUAUCCACAGUGUCUAGAACAGUUCCUGGUGCAGAGUUUAAGCUGAAUUUUGGGACAUGGCCACUGCUUCACCAAGGUCUGAUACUAGUAAUGGUAACCACAGUGGAAGGUUACAGUUACAGGUAACUGUUUCUAGUGCCAAACUAAAAAGGAAAAAGAACUGGUUUGGAACAGCAAUAUAUACAGAAGUAGUUGUAGAUGGAGAAAGUAAGAAAACAGCAAAAUCCAGUAGUUCUUCUAAUCCAAAGUGGGAUGAGCAGCUAACUGUAAAUGUGACCCCACAGACCACAUUGGAGUUCCGAGUUUGGAGUCAUCACACUUUAAAAGCAGAUGCUUUAUUAGGGAGAGCAACGAUAGAUUUGAAACAAGCCCUCUUAGUACACAAUAGAAAAUUGGAAAGAGUGAAAGAACAAUUAAAACUUUCCUUGGAAACCAAGAAUGGUGUAGUGCAAACUGGUGAAUUAACCGUUGUGCUCGAUGGACUGGUGAUUGAGCAAGAAAACAUAACAAACUGCAGCUCAUCUCCAGCCAUAGAAAUACAGCAAAAUGGUGAUGCCUUACAUGAAAAUGGAGAGCCUUCAGCAAGGACAGCCACCAGGUUGGCCGCUGAGGGGACUAAUGGAGUAGAUAAUCAUGUACCUACAGGCACUGUGGUACAAAACUCAUGCUGUUCAUACGUAGUUAAUGGAGACAGCGCACCUUCAUCUCCAUCUCAGGUUGCUGCCAGACCCAAAAACACACCAGCUCCAAAACCACUCACAUCUGAGCCUGCCAAUGACACUGUCAAUGGAGAAUCAUCCUCAUCUGCACCAACUGGUGAUGCGUCCACCGCGGGUACCGCAGGAGUGGCUGAAGAAACCGCCUUGUCUUCAAAUUGCAUUAGCACUGCUGUCGAAGAUCCUCCAGUUCAGGAAAUCCUGGCUUCCUCAGAAAACAGUGAAUGUAUUCAUCCUAACGGUGCAGCAUUCGGAUCUGAGGCUAGAAGCGCGUUAGACCCUUCCACCUCCAAUUCUGGAAGUAGCUCAGCUUCUGAAGCAGCCAAAUUAAGACAGCCAGAGGGGAGCGUGGAACCCAUGCGGCCGCAGUCUGCAAAUGCCAGCACAGAGACUCUGCCCUCGGGGUGGGAACAGAGAAAAGAUCCUCAUGGUAGAACCUAUUAUGUGGAUCAUAACACUCGAACCACCACGUGGGAGAGGCCGCAGCCUUUACCUCCAGGUUGGGAAAGAAGAGUUGAUGAUCGGGGAAGAGUUUACUAUGUGGAUCAUAACACGAGAACGACCACCUGGCAGCGGCCCACCAUGGAGUCUGUCCGGAACUUCGAGCAGUGGCAGUCUCAGCGGAGCCAGCUGCAGGGGGCCAUGCAGCAGUUCAACCAGCGGUACCUCUACUCGGCUUCAAUGUUAGCUGCAGAAAAUGACCCGUACGGGCCUUUGCCACCAGGCUGGGAAAAAAGAGUGGAUUCAACAGACAGAGUUUACUUUGUGAAUCAUAACACGAAAACAACCCAGUGGGAGGACCCCAGGACUCAAGGCUUACAGAAUGAAGAACCCCUGCCGGAAGGCUGGGAAAUCAGGUACACCCGGGAAGGCGUGAGGUACUUUGUUGAUCAUAACACAAGAACAACAACUUUCAAAGAUCCUCGCAAUGGGAAGUCGUCUGUAACUAAAGGUGGUCCACAGAUUGCUUACGAACGCAGCUUUAGGUGGAAGCUCGCUCACUUCCGUUAUCUGUGCCAGUCGAAUGCACUACCCAGCCAUGUAAAGAUCAAUGUGUCCCGGCAGACGUUGUUUGAAGAUUCCUUCCAACAGAUUAUGGCGUUAAAACCCUAUGACUUGAGGAGGCGGUUAUAUGUCAUAUUCCGAGGAGAAGAAGGGCUUGAUUACGGUGGUCUAGCAAGAGAAUGGUUUUUCUUACUUUCACACGAAGUUUUGAACCCCAUGUAUUGCUUAUUUGAGUAUGCUGGCAAGAACAAUUAUUGUCUACAGAUAAAUCCUGCAUCAACCAUUAAUCCAGACCACCUUUCCUACUUCUGUUUUAUUGGUCGCUUUAUUGCUAUGGCGCUUUUCCACGGGAAGUUUAUUGACACUGGCUUCUCUUUGCCCUUCUACAAGCGCAUGCUAAGUAAAAAACUGACUAUUAAGGAUUUGGAAUCUAUUGACACUGAGUUUUAUAACUCCCUUAUCUGGAUAAGAGACAACAACAUUGAAGAAUGUGGCUUGGAAAUGUACUUCUCUGUUGACAUGGAGAUUUUGGGAAAAGUCACUUCACAUGACUUGAAGCUGGGAGGUUCCAAUAUCCUGGUGACGGAGGAGAACAAGGAUGAGUACAUUGGUUUAAUGACGGAGUGGCGUUUUUCUCGAGGAGUGCAAGAACAGACCAAAGCUUUCCUCGACGGUUUUAAUGAAGUUGUUCCCCUUCAGUGGCUGCAGUACUUCGAUGAAAAAGAAUUGGAGGUCAUGCUGUGCGGCAUGCAGGAGGUGGACCUGGCGGACUGGCAGAGGAACACCGUGUACCGGCAUUACACGAGAAACAGCAAGCAGAUCAUUUGGUUCUGGCAGUUUGUGAAGGAGACGGACAACGAAGUAAGAAUGCGGCUCCUGCAGUUCGUCACGGGCACCUGCCGUCUGCCGCUUGGGGGAUUCGCCGAGCUCAUGGGAAGUAAUGGGCCUCAAAAAUUUUGCGUUGAAAAAGUUGGCAAAGACACCUGGUUACCAAGAAGCCACACAUGUUUUAAUCGCUUGGAUCUACCACCAUAUAAGAGUUAUGAACAACUAAAGGAAAAACUUCUUUUUGCAAUAGAAGAGACAGAGGGAUUUGGACAAGAAUGAAUGUGGCUUCUUGUCUUGGAGGAGCUCUUGCAUUUAAAUGCCCCAGCCAAGAAAAAUUGCACAGAUAGUGUAUAUAAGCUGUUCAUUCUGUACAGUGAAUUUUCUGAACCUCUCAAAGUAUAAAUGUUUUCCGUUCUUCCACAGAAAUAUGCAAAACAGUUCAUCCUUUUCUACUUUAUUUAUUGUUCCCUUGAAGUGACUGACCAGGAAAAAGAUCAUCCUUAAAUUUUGAAGCAAGCAAGAGACUUUAUUAAAAAUAAUAAGUAUAUAUCUAUAUAAGCAUAUACGAUAGUGGCUCUAGUUUUAUAGAGCGCCAAGUGUAUUAAACAUGACAGCCGUUCAUUCAAAAAAAUAAUCUGGAUUUGCUCUACCUUGUUUCUGUUAUCCAGGGGAAGAGGUUCAAGUUGCUCCAUGUUUUUCUCCCUCACGUAACAUCUCCUGAGGGUGUUUAGUUGCAUGGCUGUUCAGGAAGGUAUUAAGGGCUUAGGCCAAAUCUUUGAAUAUGUUUUAAAAAAUGCUGCUGGCUAUUCUGAAGACAGGUGCUUGAACCUGUCAGUUUGUUUUAAAUAAAUAUAAUAGUUGAAAAAUUUCCCUCUUUGCUACAUCACUAAUAUAGUUAAAAAGUCAUGAAUGAAAUUGUAACUUACAUGGAAGUCAUAUACUAGAUCCAGUACCACGUAGUUUAUUCUAGAAAUUGGAGAGAAUUCAUUGAGCAGCUUAGAGGUUUGUUUACAUGUUACUUUGGGAUGCUAGGUGUUCGUGGAAUUAAAAAGAAUCAGACAUUUCUGUACUUUUGUUUUAAAAAUCUGUGAUGUUCUUUAAAUUUAAUUCAUAAUAAAUUGAUGCAGUUUGA